GGAGAGACCUCUUUCUGGGGACUCCUAUCCAGCUACCUGAGUCCCCUCCUUCCCAUCAGCUACCAUGCACCAAAUGAGACCCAAGCUAGACGUCCCACAGCUGCUGGCUCUACAAGAGGGCCCUUCCCUCCUUGGGAACCUGCAGGACCCUCACCCACAUCCGGGCUUUGCAGAGAAAUUUUGGGCUGCCUACACAGCGAAUUUCCGUCCCAGGGACCCCAGGGGAAGAGGCAACAGCUCAUUUGACAACAGGAAACCCUGUCUGCCUCCAGGCUGCAGGCAGAUCUGGGAGGCCCUUCAGCUUGGGCCAUCAUGGGGUGGAGGGUCUGAGGUCCCGCAGUGUCCCCGUUCCCAGCCCCUGGACAUCGGGGUGACCAAGGCUGUGCGCUAACCCACACUGUUUCUGACCUGCAGACCCCAGCACAGGGAAGGCACGGGUGGCCCUCAUCACCCAGAAGAGCAGCUGCCACCAGUGUCUGGGGCAUGACGGAUCCCCCUUCUCCAGGCCACCCUGAGGAGAAGGCCGCCCCACCUGCAGACACGGGCCAUGUGGGGCUGCAGGGAGCUGCUCCUGGUGUGGUUCCUGGUGCUGGCAGCGGGCGGCACGGAGCAUGUCUACAGGCCUGGCCGCAGGGUGUGUGCCGUCGGGGUUCCCCAGGGCCCUGUGUCCGAGUCCUUUGUGCAGCGUGUGUACCAGCCCUUCCUCACCACCUGCGAUGGGCACCGAGUCUGCAGCACAUACCGGACCAUCUACAAGACGGCCUACCGCCGGAGCCCUGGGCUGGCGCCCCCCAGGCCUCACUAUGCCUGCUGCCCCGGCUGGAAGAGGACCGGUGGGGUCCCCAGGGCCUGCAGAGCAGCUAUAUGCCAGCCACCAUGCCAAAAUGGAGGGAGCUGUGUCCAGCCAGGACGCUGCCGUUGCCCUGCGGGAUGGCAGGGAGAUAGCUGCCAGACAGGAGUGGACAGGGAGGUGAAGGAGGAAGUGCAGAGGCUACGGUCAAGGGUGGACGUGCUGGAGCAGCCUCUGCCUGCCCUGCAGAAGCUGCAGCUGGUGCUGGCCCCCCUGCACAGCCUGGCCUCGCGGGCCCUGGAGCAUGGGCUUCCCGACCCCAGCAGCUUCCUGGCCCACUCCUUCCAGCAGCUAGACCGCAUCGACUCUCUGAGUGAGCAGAUCUCCUUCCUGGAGGAGCAGCUGGGGUCCUGUGAGUGCCUGGUCUCCAUGCCGACCUCCCCACCAACCAUGCCCCCCAGUAGCCUGAGCUGCCCUGAGUUAGGGCCAGUCAGUGCCCAGAGAGGCCAGAGGGUGGGGCUGGGCAACAAGGCUGAGGGGGCACAUCUGGCUGAACUGACAGGCGGUGGGAGCAGUGACCUCUGACCUCAGCCCCCAUCCACCCAUAGGUUCCUGCAAGAAGGAGCUGUGACAGGCGUGUCUUCUCCCCGAGCUCUGCACUGUACCCCCACCCCAUUGGGCAGGGCAGAAGGGGGCUGUGAGCCAAGGCAGGGAGGUUACCCCACCUCUCCUCACCGAAGAAACAGGGCCGGGUGGGCUGAGGGGUCCUCCUGCGUGAAUUCAGCCCCCGCACCCUGGUGGGCCCCUGCCAAGGGAUGGUACGACAGCUCCCAGCCCAGAGCCUGGGCUGGGACCACUGACUGGGCAGUGUGUUAGCUGGGCGAGACCCACCCCUGACUUUUGUCAGAAUAAAAUGAGACUUGAAGAGGC